UCGUUGAAAAUUGCACAACCCUAGUCUCUCUCAGUCCCACUGCUUGCAUCCCGCCUCCUCACUCGGCUGAACUCGUUCCCGUCGCUGUUACGCCGCCGUUUCGUAAAUUUGUUCAUAUCAAUUGCAUCCUCAUCCGCUGUUAAUUUCACCCCUCUUGAACAUCCGUUAUCGAAAUUCCAAUUUUUCGCUCAGUGGAGCUGAGUUUAAUUGAAUAAUUCUGCACGAAUAAGGAAGUGAAAAAUCCUCGUUUUCGUAUAAAAUGGGGAUUGGUGAAAAUGAGUGUAGUGGUGGUGAUCUGCAGAAUAUUCAGAAUGAGGUAAUAAGUGGUGGACCUCCCAAGUCACCCUGGAAGCCUUCCACAGGAAUGGCCAAUGGUGCUACUUCUCCGGCGAUGGAGCCUGAUUCGGAGUCUUGGCCUGCACUGUCCGAUGCGCAGCAGCGGUUUAAGAACAAUGUUAAUGCCGAUUCCAACUCUUCCAAGUUGUUGUUGCCGCAGCCCCAGCAAGAAGUCAACAGUGGCGGUGCUCCUCCACCUCUCAUGCCGGCUAAAGUUGAGCAGCAGAAGUUGCACGGACGUGGUAAUUUUAACUCACCUCGUAAGCCUUCCAAUAUGCAUCAUCACAGAACAGGUCCCAAGCACUGUCCCAAUGUUGUGCCUCCAUUUCCUGUACCAUCACCCUAUCAUCAACCAGCUAUUACACCAGUUUUUCCUACUAUGGUUCCAAUGCCACACAUUUCUGGUCCUGGAUAUGGAUAUCAUUUUCACCCUGGACCUUUUCCAAUACCUGAUACUCAAUUGGUAAAAUCCAAUAGCAACACUCAAGUACAAUGCUUUGCUCCACCAGUAAAUGGGGGCUUUAAGCCGUCAUCACGCUCUGAUUCCAAGGACCAUGAUGCCAAGUCUGGUGGAAGAAGACCCAGUGCACAGGAGCAAGGUGGCUGGUUGAAUCCUUCAUGGCCUAAUCAGCGACCAGUUGUUUAUAGUAACAACUUUCAUUCACAACAAUCCUUGGGACGUAGGCCUUUGUUAAAGCCUCCAUUUGUUGAUCAAGCAGGCUUCAUUGAUGGACCAUACUUCCCAGGUCCUCCCGGAGCUCUAUGUUAUGUUCCUGCUGCUCCUCAAGGUUCUGUUAGAGUACCUUACUCACCAUUUGUUGUUCAAUAUCCUUUCAACCCUGGAGUUCUCAUGCCACCCUCACCAGUGAUAAACUUGAAAGCUGACAUAAUAAAGCAAAUUGAAUAUUAUUUCAGUGAUGAGAAUCUUCAGAAUGAUCACUACUUAAUUUCCUUGAUGGAUGACCAAGGUUGGGUUCCGGUUUCAAUUAUUGCUGACUUCAAAAGGGUUAAAAGGAUGAACACAAAUAUACCAUUUAUUCUGGAUGCAUUGCAAGCUUCAAGUACUGUUGAAGUGCAGGGUGAGAGGCUGAGGCGACGUGAUGAGUGGUCAAAGUGGAUUCCAUCUUCUGUUACUGAUAAAUCUUCUUCUCUAGUUCCGAAUGCUCUGAAGAAUGAUGAGCUUAAUGAUAAUAAAAAGGACAGCUCUGAAGGAAUAAAUGCCUUUUCUUCUCCAAGUGGAAGCUCUGUGGAUCACCUACCAUCAGGUGAAGAUUCUCAAAAGGAGUCAUUUAAUGAUACAGAACAAAACAAAGAUAAGGUUGUAUUUGGUGGCAAAACCCAAGCACCUGCUUUUGGAGACUGUAAUUCAAGUGUGGGAAAGGACUUUGAGGCAAAUAAUAAACAUAAUGGCCUUGACCUUAAUAAAUGUUCGAGUUUCCCAGCCACUACACAAGGAGCUGAUUCUGUGAAGUCGAGCAUUAUUGAAGGCUCUGAAAAUAUAAAGACACCAUUGCCUUCUAAUUUUGCUGCGCAGAAUCUGGAUGACUCAUCUAAUGAUUUUUCAAGCACAUUCAUGCUUGAUGAAGAGCUAGAACUGGAGCAGAAAAUAUUAUUGAAGGAUCAUCCUUCUACUGUAGGCAGAGUCGAUGAUGAAGAUGAUGAGAUCGUUGUCAAUGAUCAAGCUGUGGAGAGGCUAGUAAUUGUUACCCAGAAUAGUUGGGUGGGUGAAGUACAAGGGGAAGAAGCACAAAGAAUAUCCAGUGAGCUUGCUUCUGCUAUAAAUGACGGCCUCUACUUUUAUGAGCAGGAGCUGAAGUCAAAACGAUCUCAUCGUAGAAGUAAUAAGCCCAAUAAUGAAAGCAGGAACGAUAUUUCCAAAUGUUUAGUUGCCAGUGUCGCGGUAUCAGAUUCAAGGAAUCAUGAACAUUCUUCUUAUGGCCAUGAGGAGCCUGGCAAUUUGAAUUCUAGAAGGAAGCAAAACAAAGUCAGUUCCAAGCAGCAAUAUAUUCAAAAGCAGCGACUAUUCUCUGGAAACGUUAAGGGACAAGGAAGCGUUAGAAACUCUAUUGGCGUGAUAACUGAUAGUCCACCUAGAGAUUUAGUUGGUUUUUUCUUUGGUUCUACUCCUCCAGAUGGUCACGGGCUGAGGCCUUCAAAGUUGAGUGCUUCACCUCACAGCAAUCUUUCUGGAAGCAGUCCGCCUGUUGGUUCGAUGCCAAAGCCAUUUCCGCCAUUUCAGCAUCCAAGUCAUAAACUUCUAGAGGAAAAUGGCUUCAAACAGCAGCUGUAUAAGAAGUAUCACAAGAGGUGCCUUAGUGAACGUAAAAAAUUGGGAGUUGGUUGCAGUGAGGAGAUGAAUACACUGUACCGAUUUUGGUCUUAUUUCUUAAGGAACAUGUUUAUUCCUUCCAUGUAUAACGAUUUUCGGAAGUUUGCUCUAGAAGAUGCUGCUGCUAAUUAUAAUUAUGGGAUAGAGUGUCUAUUCAGGUUUUAUAGUUAUGGUUUGGAGAAGGUAUUCAAAGAGGAUCUGUACGAGGACUUUGAACAGCUGACACUUGACUUCUACAAUAAAGGAAACAUUUAUGGCCUCGAAAAAUACUGGGCAUUUCACCAUUUCCGGGAGGCACGUGACCGUAAAGAACCAUUAAAGAAACAUCCAGAAUUGGAUAGACUGCUCAGAGAAGAAUAUCGUAGUUUGAACGACUUCAAAGUUAAAACGUCCGCUGCAAAAGAAGAUAGUCACUAGCCUUGACGCUUUAUGCUGCAAAGUUACAUCCAAAAACUGACGAUAUUGCAAUUUUGGGAAGAGAAAUCUAACAGGUUGAAGAACAAGCUUCCAUUCGUUUGGGAAAUGGAAUGACUUUGUAUAUAAUAUGUUGACAGGUACUAGAUCUUUCGUACAAGAGGUUCAAGGGCUCUCAAGCAGUUUUUGGUGUUCUCCAGCUGCUCGAUGCAUUUUCAUUUUAAUCGGAUUUAUUAGUUGUAUAUAAAAAAAAAAAAUGGAAAAAAACCCCAAAAAAUGAAAAAAUGAAAAAAUGAAAAAAAAUAAAAAAUAAAAAAUUGUAUAAACUUGAAAUUUAUAGAGAUUAUAAACAAUAAGUUCUU